GUUGUCUUGGUAACCAGCCUCUCCGUCUCUGGAAUAAUGAGCUCCUCACCUCACAUGUCCCGCUCCUCUAUUGACAUCCUGGAAGAGCUGCAGCUCAUCACUGCCGAGAACCUGGAGAAGCUGGACUUUAAUAAAUACUAUGAGGUCAUCAGGGAGCUUGGGAAAGGCACCUACGGCAAGGUGGACCUGGUCAUUCACAAGAUCAGAGGCACGAAAAUGGCCCUGAAAUUCUUGCGAAAGAAAACCACGAAGCUGAAGAGUUUCCUUCGCGAGUACAGCAUCUCUCUUUACCUGUCACCCUGUCCUUUCAUCAUCAACAUGUUUGGCAUUGCCUUCGAGACUGAUGAAUACUACAUCUUCGCUCAAGAGUAUGCGCUGGCAGGCGAUCUCUUUGACAUCAUUCCUCCGCAGGUGGGACUGCCGGAGAACGUUGCCAAGCGGUGUGUGCACCAGGUGGCGAUUGCUCUGGAUUACCUGCACUGCAAGAAGCUGGUGCACCGUGACAUAAAGCCAGAGAACGUCCUCAUCUUUGACAAGGAUUGCCGGAAGGUGAAACUCUCAGACUUUGGCAUGACGAGGCGCGCCGGCUCUCCGGUGAAGCGGGUUAGCGGGACCAUCCCGUACACGGCGCCAGAACUGUGCGACCCCGGUCGACAGGAGGGCCUGUGCGUGGACUACAGCACCGACGUGUGGGCCUUUGGCGUGCUUCUGUUCUGCAUGCUCACCGGGAACUUCCCAUGGGAGAAAGCGCUGCCGUCCGACGCCUUCUACGAGGAGUUUGUGCGCUGGCAGCAGCGGCGGAGGCGGACCAGCGCAGUGCCUUCGCAGUGGCGGCGUUUCACUGACGAUGCGCUCCGCAUGUUUCGGUCUCUGCUGUCCAUCGAGCAGGACCACCGAUGCUCCGUCAAAGAGGUCUUUAGCUACUUCAACCACUGCUGGAUGCUGGACACGGAGAACGGGAACACGACACACGCCUCGGGCGGGAACUGCAACGGCGGAGCGGCGAUGAACGGCCGUCAGGCUGAGCUUAGCUCCUCUUCCUCUGAAGAAGAUGAGUUGGUGGACCGAUUGAAGCAACAGAGCUUGUCGCCUGUGUGUGGAGUAGCUAAAGGGAUCGUGAUGGAGCCGGUGAUGGCGCACUUCUCCUCUACAUCCACCAACAGCUCGGCUUCCUCCAAUGCCGGCUAUGAGCGUGUCUCCCGUGACAGCAAUGGCAACAGUGGUCGAAUCCUGGUCACGACGCCAAUCGAAAUAUGCGUGUAGAGAGGUCACUUGAGUUAACCUACCUUGCACAUAUACUUGGGAUCACUAGAUGACAAUAAGGACUCAAGUCCUUGCGAAGCAUCAUUAGGAAAAGUGCGUACAAGUGCUCCAAGAGCAUCCCAAGGAGAGUUGACAGCGUGAAACUGUUCCCGAUGAAGAGUAUCUCUGAGGGAACGUGUAAGACAAUCGACUAAGCCUGCUGAUUGUGCAUCAACCAUGUUUUCCACGUAUAAUUUGAGCAAAACGACUUGGAAGAAUUGG